AGCUUGUCACUCCAGCCAACUACUGCGCCGAGGCAAGAGAAAAUGCCCGCAACGACUCCCAUUCAUGCGAUCCUAGCCGUCACGUUCGCAGCAGCGGUCGCCCAGGCGCUGCGCUUGCGACGGAGAGGCCCAAAGCCCCUGCCGCAGCAAAACAAUUGCGUCUACCUCGACUACGCGGCGACGUGCCCCAUUUAUCCGGAAGUGGGCGACGCGAUGCUGCCCUACCUCUACAGCCACUGGGGCAACCCGUCGUCGAGCCACGCUUACGGCGCGCCCUGCCGCGACGCGGUGACGAAGGCGAGGAACUCCGUGGCGACGCUCAUUCACGCAGACAGCAAAGAAAUCACCUUCUGCAGCUGCGGCAGCGAGGCCGACAACUGGGCCAUCGCCGCGAGUCUGCGCGACGACCGGACGCACGUCGUCGUGUCGAGCAUCGAGCACCCGGCGAUCCUCGCGUGCGUCGACGCGCUGGAGGAGCAGGGACGGUGUGAAGUCACAAAGGUCGGCGUCGACAAAUGCGGCAUCGUGGACCCGGCGGCCGUCGCCGCGGCCAUCAGGCCCGGCAAGACGGCCCUCGUCUCGAUCAUGCUCGCGAACAACGAGGUCGGCGCGGUCCAGCCCGUCUCGCGGAUCGUGGAGUCGGUGAAAGCCGUCGAUGCCGGCGUGCUGGUCCACACGGACGCGGCGCAGGCCGUGGGAAAGAUCGACGUCGACGUUAGCGAGUUAAACGUCGACUACCUCACGCUCGUGGGCCACAAGUUCGGCGCGCCCAAGGGCGUGGCGGCGCUCUUCCACCGCGAAGGUGUGCCCUUGCCCUCGAUGUUGUACGGCGGCGGCCAGGAGAAUGGACGACGGGCGGGCACCGAGGCCGUGCCAAAUAUUGUGGCCCUAGGCGCCGCGGCGGACAUCUGGUUGGCCGAGGGGGCGGCGAUCGCCGCCCACUCGGCGAAGCAGCGCGACUCAUUGCGGGCGGCGCUCGAGGAGCGCCUGGGUGCUAGUAGAUGCGCCGUCAACGGGCCCCUCGGCGCCGGGGAUACCGUGAAUGCGCUCCCGAACGUCUUGUCGUUCGCGGUGCGCGGCUGCGUCGCGUCGAGCGUGCUCUCAAAGGUCAAGGACGAGGUCGCGGCGUCGGCGUCGGCCGCGUGCCACUCCGGCACGGCGGCGGUCUCGGCCGUGCUAAAGGCGGUCGGCGUCGAGCAGGAGCUCGCCGUCGGCACGCUGCGGCUGAGCGUCGGCCGCCACACGACGGACGCCGAGGUAAGACGCGCGGCGGACGUGCUGGUGCGAGCGAUCUUGGACCCCUAA